AUGUCGGACCGGUACCAAGGCUCCGCCUACCGCGGCAACCGUGCGCCCAUGGACGAGCGUCGCUACGGCGCACCUCCACGCCACCGCGAGGACGACUUUCGCUACGGCGCGCCACGCGACUUUGGGCCGCCGUACUAUUCUGAGCCGCGCGGCUAUUCGGGCCGCGGUCGGCGCGUGCACAAGGCGGUACCGCCGCCGCGGCCGUGGGACUACAGUCGGCGACCCCCGCCGCGCAACGAUGAGGAGCGUGCGGCGCUCGAGCGCGAGCGCGAGGCAUGGGAGGCGAUGGAGGCGCAGCGAUACGAACAGCGCAUGGAGGAACAGCGCCGCGAGAGGGAGCGCGACAAGGAGCGCGCAGACCGCGCGCAGAUGCAGCGCGAUGGAUGGUCGCACGAGUACGACGAGGAGAGGAGCUAUCGGCCGCCGGAGUACGAGCGGCCACCGAGAGACUACCCGCCACAGGGGAGGAGGUUGCGAUCGCGCAGUCCCGAGGCGGGGCACGCGGGGGCGACGUCGUGGGGUAGAACGUCGGUCGGAUCGGCUGGUGAGGGACGCGAUGCGCCGUACGCAGGGCCCGCGGAACGCACCGAGGCUGAUGCGCACGCCACACCGCGCGGCCCACCACCGCGCGGCGUCGACGAAGGGUUUGCAGCUACGCCUCCCACUGGACCGCGUGGAUCUAGCUACGGACGGCGUGGCGGCCCGCUUCCGUCGCCCGCGUUCCGUGGUCGCGAGGGUUCGGGGUCCACUGGCGCGUACACGCCCGGAUCAGACCGCGAGCGCGAAGGCAGCAGCUACCUCUCUCCAUCCACCGCGCGGUUCCCACGCACAUCACGGGACGGUCCACCUGCAGCCUACCGAGGUGGACAUCCAUCCUACGGUCGUGGACGAAGAGACACGAACCCGCACCCAUACGACGCCUACCCUGCUCCCGGCGGGGACGAGUAUCACGCCGGAUCGUCUCCACAUGAAGCAUCGCCGUUCUCACCAUCGACUGCUACGCCGAUUCACCUUUCCGCACCUCGACUAUCGCGUACCUCGUCGGCACACACUCCUACCGCAGCUGCCUCCUCGUCGGUGGUGGUGCCGCACUUUAGUGCAGCAUGGAAGUUGACGCCGGAGUUGGAUGCCGAGUUGAUGGCUCUCGAAGCGGCAAGGACGACUUUUGUGGGCAACGUGCUGAUGGGUGCAAAGCGCGCGGCAAUCAGGAGUGCGAGGGUCGAACUUGCCGAUGCAGAGAUGGACGUGGCUGCUGCAGUCGGUAGACGACAAGCGGCCGAAAAGUCCCUGGAGAAUGCAAGGGAGACUGCGGACGCUUACAGUCUAGAGGAGAAUAGGAAGGAGGAAAUUCAGCGUCUCAUGGCCCAACAACUCCAGUCGGUCUAG